UUGGAACACAAAGCAAUCUAGCAAAUUAAACUAAGUCAAAACACAUACUCCUAUUGGCAAUGGCUUCCUCCAGCAACUACUCAAUCCUUUUCUUGAUCAUAACAUUACUGUCCUUAUCAAGCAUCACUACAAGCAAUGCUGCUCGCGGCCUACUUCAACUUCCCAACUUGCCUACAAUCCCUUCAUUGCCUCAGCCAACAAUGCCACAAUUGCCUAAAAUUCCAAAUUUGCCAACAGCAGCCACAUUGCCACCAUUGCCAAGUAUUCCAUCUUUGCCAACCCUUCCAACUGCUACACCUAAUUUACCGUCUUUGCCUACAUUGCCCUCUGUCGUCCCAAAGAUGACUCUGCCACCAAUGCCUGCCAAUAUUCCUCUUCCCAAAAUGCCGUCACUUCCUACCAUUCCUACACUUGCAACUCCCCCAUCCAACUGAUCUUGCGGCUUCCACCAUUUUCCUGUCUUGCCCUAUGUUCUCUGCCGUUUACUUUUAUUUUAUUUUUCCUUUUUCUCUAUUGCUGUUUUUAUCUUUUGAGUGAUUCUUAACGAUAUGUAUCGUAUCAUUUAUACUCUCUUGAGUGUUAUACAUUGAUUAUGCAGUAGCCUUUGUGUUAA